CAGUGCUGGAGGCUGCUGGUGGUGGAUUCCUGUCGCAGGACCCAUGGUGGGGGGAGCCGUCGGAGCCGGGGUCUACUUUCUCUUCAUCGAGCUGCACCAAGCCGACUCUGAGAAACAGGAGGACAACAACAUCCAGGACAAAUAUGAAGUUAUUGCACUGAGUUAAAGUUUGAAACAGAUCUGCACAACAGUGACGCGUUGAUUCGCUGCGGGUCUGAUCAGUGUCAGACUCUUUAAACAUCGGCUGAACAUGUGUAACGUUAGAAUUACACAGCAGCUAUAAAACAUUAUAAACAGUCAUAACAUGUCAAACAUGACAGUUUACAUCUGCAGUAUUUUUUAAACUAAAUAGAGCUGAACUCUUCAUACAAAAUGUGU